AUGAGUUACUUCUUGGGAUUACAAAUUUCACAAUGUAGUAGAGGAAUCUAUGUAACUCAGACAAAUUACAUUGUAGAAGUGUUGAAUAAGUUCAGUAUGAAUAGUUGCAAGUCCAUUAGGACUCUUCUUGUUACCAAAGAGAAGCUAUCAAUUGAUAAAAGUUCAAAACUUGAGGAACCUUCUAUGUUCAGAAGCUUGAUAGGAUCACUUCUUUAUAUUUGUGCAUUAAGACCUGAAUUGAUGUUUGCUAGCUCUAUUGAAGUGGUUGGCUUAUCUGACAGUGAUUGGAGUGGAUGCAUUGAUGAUAGUAGAAAGCUUGUAAACUUGGCCCGUAUUGCUCCAUCUAUAAGCAUAGAUACUGAGAUGGAAUGCGGAAGAAAGGAGAAUUUAGGCAGCCAGACGCUCCAAAGGAUUGCAGAACAGCUUCAAUGUUACAAAACACCUAGUCUGAUUGAAGAAUUGGAGAACAUUACCGGUCAUAGUAUGGGCUCAAAUUUUGGGACCAUGGAUCAUGUAGAAGGUGAAAAUGGGCUAUUUACUCAUGCAAACUGGAGGAACAGAAGAGCAGCUGUCUUGAUAUGCCUCUUUGAGGGCAAGCAAGGUGAGCUACGCGUUAUUCUCACCAAGAGAUCGAUGAAGUUAUCAUCACACCCAGGCGAUGUAGCAUUGCCAGGUGGAAAGAUGGAGGAAGGAGAUGAUGAUGACUCUGCUACAGCAUUAAGAGAAGCUAUGGAGGAGAUUGGCUUGGACUCACAUUUGGUUCAAGUAGUUGCAAAUUUAGCCCACAUUCGAAAAUAA